AUGAGUCUCCGACAUAACAAAUGCUUUUUGUACGGGCGGUGUACGUUCAUCGUCGCCGUCGUUUUCGUCGGUGCUAAUGACGUACAACUAAAGGAAGAGAGGAACAUUCUGUGGACCGGAGGGGCCUUCGAAUGGCCUUGCCCGACCACGAAGAGCAUGUUCAAGAACAGCGGUCGUUACAUCUCGAAGAAUGUCCUCGCGACCAGGGCUGCGAUCUACAAGGACGACGCUAUCCUUGCUUUACCCAGAUUGAAGUCUGGUGUGCCAGUGACUUUGGCUAAGGUUAGCCUGAAAGAUAAGAACUGUCAAGCUAGUCUCUUGCCCUUCCCUUGCUGGUCGCUUCAAGAGGAAGGAACAUGCUCUGCGUUGCAAAACGUUGUCGACAUUUAUUUGGACCCUGAUGACAUCCUGUGGUUGUUAGAUACGGGAGUCGUUAACUCUCUCGAACAAGCCGAACGCAAAUGCCCGCCAAAGGUUGUCGCUCUCAACGUGAAAACCGGCAAGGUGGUGAAAACCGUUGAUCUGUCUGGCUUAGCAGGCUCUUCGUCGCGAUUGCAAUACGUCGUAGCGGACUACAAUUCGGACGGCCGCGUCUUCAUCUACGUGUCGGACGCAGCCGCGAGAGCGAUUCUGGUCUACGACGUGACCUCCGGUCGCGGAUACCGUGUCGUCCUUCCGCAGGCCGUGACCAUAAACAGCAACCGCAGAGACGUGCUCUACCUCGCACUUAUGCGCCGCCAGGACGGUAGCACCUGCCUGAUCUUCACGUAUCUGGGCAGCAGCCGCGUGUUCUCCAUCAACACGAACCACCUGCGGAGCGGCAACGCUCAGGGCAAGAUACACGAUCUCGGGUUGAAACCCAGGCGACUGGUUAUCCUGGGCACGGACAACGGCAGCGCGCUCUUCUUCCGAUACGAGGGCGACGCCGAGGUCUACAGGUGGGACAGCAUGACGCCUUUCGUGGAGGCCAACUUCCAGCCCGUCUACAAGAGCGAGGAGUGCGCCCUGGCCACUCACAUCGUGCCCGAUUACAAGAGGGGACGAAUGCGCGUGCUGGAGAGCAACUUCCCGGAUUACAUGCAGGGCACCGUCGGCUGCGGCGCCAAUCACGCGUUAAACCUUAUGUAGAGCGAGACGUUCUCGCUUCGUCGAACGCGAACAGUCAAGGAGGAGUGCUGUUACGAGCGCGCGGGUUAACAGCGACAGGUCUUUCGGCUACUUCAUAGUCGGGAACACCGGUACAAUUGCAACUCGACGAGUUUACCUUUCCACGCUAUGCAUGCGGAAUUAAUGUACCUUAUGUCAAUCGUCGUAUUUCCAUUGCCAUAAAGAUUAUAGUUUACGGAUCAUUUUUUUUUUCUUGCGCGUCUGUAGCGUCGAAAUCCGAGCUCGCUUCAAAUUAUAGCGGCUGCAAUGAGCGGCCUUUGCACCGACAACGCAAAAACUCCAACGGUAAGCAAAAUGUCAAUUGCUGACAUUCGACGGAUGGAGAAAUAAAUACUAUGAAAAUUCAGCGGUUUUUUGACUUCUCCCUUGCGGAUGCAAAAUGUAUUCCUAAUUUGCGCUUGAUGCGCUUUAAAUAAAUCUAAAUCAAAA